AUGUCCACAGGGCCAGUGCCUGAAGAACAUGUGGAAAUCCAUAGGAGGAAGCAAAGAGGGGUGCCUGGACCCAGGAAACCCCGGGGGCGUGGUCUCUCUGGGGGCGUGGCCUUUGGCGACAUACACCGGGGCUUCCAGGGCAUCAUGAGCGCCACGAACAAGCUGGGUACCCAGUACUAGCUCAAAAUGGCCAACUGCAUCUUUGGGGCCAAGACCUUUGAAUUCCUGUCGUCUUUCAAGGACUCCUGCCUCAAAUUUUACCAUGCUGAGAUGGAGGAGCUGGAUUUUGCUCAGGCCACAGAGAAGUCCCGGAAGCACAUCAAUUUCUGGGAUGCCCAGAAUACAGAAGGCAAGAUUACUGAGCUGCUAGAACCUGAUACUGUUAGUUCAGAUACGGUGCUGGUUUUGGUCAAUGCCAUUUACUUUAAAGGAAACUGGGAGAGUUCGUUUAAGGAUGAGGAUAACUGGGAAAUACCCUUCAAAGUCAGCAAGAACAAGAGCAAGCCAGUGCAGAUGAUGUACCAGGAGGCCACCCUUAAAAUGACCUACAUUAAAGAGAUCUUCGCUCAAUUCCUGGUGCUGCCCUAUGUGAGCCAAGUGCUGAAUAUGAUCAUCAUGCACCCGGAUGAGGACAGGGACCUGAAGACGGUGCAGAGCGCGCUCACCUAUGAGAAGUUCAAGGAGUGGACUCAAAUGGACAUGAUGAACGAAGAGGAUGUGGAGGUGCUGCACCCCUGGUUUAAACUAGAGGGGAACUAUGACCAGGAGGCUGUCCUGGAGAAACUGGGCAUGACUCUCACCUUCCACAAGGCUACAGCCAACCUCUCGGGCAUGUCGCCCAAGCAGAAACUGUGCCUUUCCAAGGUUGUGCACCAGGCCUUGGAGGAGAUAAAGAAGGAGGGCACCGAGGUAGCGGCAGCCACAGGAGUUACCGUGGAACCUUAUUGUGCCAGGAACCUGCUAUGCUUCUGUGCAGACCACCCCUUCCUCUUCUUCAUCCAGGACAACCAGACCCAAAGCAUCCUCUUCUGUGGCCAAUUUUGUUCUCCUUGA